UUUUACAAUUUUAUUAAAUGGCCUUGCAGACCAUCGCCCAUUCGAAGAUAACAUAUUGCAAGCACGUAAAAUGAUCGACAAUAUGCAAGAUUUAACAAAAGCCAAACCAGUAGAAUUAAAUGUCAUUCAUGUGAAUUGCCUUUUAAAGCUUUGUUCGCGACUUAACAAUUUUGAAGCGCUGCAAGAAAAUUUCAACGAUAUGAUGAGAAUAGGUAAUUGGGCUCCUAAUAAAGAAACGUUUACCAUUAUUUUUAAUUCUUGUGCAAGAAAUGGUGAAAAAGGGUAUCUUAUGGCUAUCCAGUUAUGGAAUCAAUUAAAUUCCUUAAUUUCUAAACAAAAGAAACAACAAUCACAAGUUAGAGAGCCUGAUGGAUAUGGUGCGGAUUUUGCACCUGACUCUGGAUAUGAGAUUGAAAUGGAUGAUGAACUUGUGAGAUCAAUGCUUUUGGUAUGCAACAAAACUAAGAAUUACGACAAAGGAUUUGAAAUAUUACAGAGCGUUUAUGGAUUUUCAAUAUCAUCCGAAUUGUCGAAAAAAAAGGCAUCAUCGAUAUUAUCGAAUAAACAUUUAAUUUCACCAAAAUCUGUUGAUAUAAUGUUAAAUCUUUGCAUAGGCGCACGUCAAUACGAGAAAGGCAUAAUGUUAUUUAAUGAAACAUUAAAUCAAUUUCCAGAUAUAACGCUUGAUAUUCAUAAUUUUAACAAAUUAAUAAUUUGUUAUAACCAGUUAGGAAAAUUUACAAAAUCAAUAGAUACAUUCCAUCUAAUUCGUGAUCGAGACUUGGAGCCAACAUUAGAAACAUAUGAUUUGUUAUUAACUGCAUGCCGUAUAACAGAAGAUUGGGUAGCUGGGAAAGAAUUUUUCGAAUUAAUAAUAAAACAGAAAAAAGAGAUUAGUUUAGAUUCGCAUUUAUUAAAUAUGAUAUUAGAAUCGUCCAUGUUAAAUCGCAAAUCUGAGGGUUCUCUGGAAAAGAUUCGUUGGACAUUAGAACAAAUUGAAUCUCUCGGGCCGCGUUAUCCUGAAAAAAUAAGAAAUCUUUCAAAAACCAAUAAGCCUAAUGCUAGUAAAUUUGGGAACGCAUCUAUACCGUUAUAUAAUAUUUAUGAUAUUAGAUAUUUAAAAAGGAUUAUUCUAGCUUACGAAACAGUACUGGAUCCGAAAUUUAUCAAUAACAUUGAUGAAAAACAAAAAUCACAAUGGAAAGAAAAUUUAGAAUUUUAUAAAACAGUUUUGGCUGAGCAUGAAGGCCGUAAUCAAAAAAAUGAUGAAAGCAUUCCACCAGAACGACGGUAUGAUAUGAGAUCAGCAUGGAGGUAUAUAGAUCAAUUUAAAGGUAGAAGGAUUGAUAAAAAAUAUGCGAGAACAUUUGAUGAUGAUGUAAGAUCAAAGAACCAAUUUGAUCCUGAUAAUAUAAACAAAUUAACAAAUAAAAAUUAA